AUGAUGAAUUCAUAUUUAACGUGUACAUUUGAAGGUCAUGAAAAUGAAUAAAUAAUUGGGUUUUGUGUAAAUGAAAUUUGUACUUAAAUUCCUUAAUUUUGCUUGCAAUGUUUAAAAGAGAGACACAAAAAUCAUGUCGAAGAUUGCAAAAAUUUUCAAUAAUAUCAAGAGAUUGUGAUAAAGUCAUUAAAGCAAUAACAACAAGAACUAGAUGAAUUAGAAAACGUUUAUAAUAAAAUUAACAAAGCAUAUAAAUAAUAUAGCUAAAUAUUGGUGAAUGAAAUCUCUAAAAAAACUAAAUUAAUAGAGAUGUUCGCUCAAAGACAAUAUUAUGAUAUCAAGUCUCUAAUAUAUACCCAAAAUUACUCAUAAAAAAGUUUCAUGCCUAAAACUUAAUGUAUGUGUUAGAAAUAUUUUCUAGAGCAUUUUUUAUCAUUUAUUUAAACAAUAGAAAACGCUAUUAAAGGGUCCACAAAGUUAAAUCACAGUCAAGAAUUUGUAUAACAACCCAUAUAAUACUAGAAUGAUAAAGUAUAGUCUUAAGAACUAUUUAAAUAAGGUUCAAAUAAUUUUAAUUUAAUUAGGCAUGAAACUAUAUGGGAGUAAUAAAACUUUUCAGAAGCGUUAAAUUUUUUCAAUGAAUCAAUCAAAUAUGAUGCAUCCAAUGAUGAUGUUUAUAGAUGGAAAGGUCGCACAUUAAUCAAAUUAGGAAAAGCAAAUGAAGCACUAAAUGCAUGUGAUAUUGCAAUUUCAAUAAAUCCUUAAAAUGAUUUGGCAUAUACAACUAAGGCUUCUGCGCUAUUCGAAUAAAGGCGCUAUGAUGAUGUUAUAAUUUGGUGUGAUAAAGGUCUCAAGAUAAAUCCAUAAAAUGAUGCUGCAUUUGUAAAUAAAGGACUUGCAUUAGGGCGUUUAUACAGAUAUCAAGAAGAACUAAUGUGCUAUGAUAAAUCAAUAGAGAUAAACAGAAAGAAUGAAACAGCUUACAUAAAUAAAGGCUGUGCAUUAAAUCGCUAGAAAUAAUAUUAAGAAGCAAUAUCGUGUAGCGAUGAACUUCUUAAGAUAAAUUCAUAGCUUCAUCAAGCUUAUUCGAUAAAAGGGAUUGCAUUAUAUGAAUUAUCGUAAUAUAAGGAAGCCGUUAAAUAAUUUGACAAAGCAUAUUAGAUUUCAAAAUUGGUUGAGUAUCUAGUGCAUAAAGCUGACUCAUUAUUUUAUUCAGGUUAAAAGAGAUAAUCUAAAUAAUUAUAUCUUGAGGCUAAAAAUAAAGGGUAUCAAGAUAUAGAAUAUCUCGAGAGGAAAAUAAGUGAAAUUUGA